AUUAUAAGAAAUCAGCAAAUUAAUGCAAAAUCCGGUUUUCGAGAGCGAAAAAACGAAGGAAUUAGCCAAUUUUUAUGGAAAACAAUCUCAUAGUCCUUGGUUGAAGGGCCAGACGGUGACUCCUGGACGAGACUUCCUAAUGAAAAUGAAUAAUCUGGACCACGUUAAAAACUUCUAUCCGGAUAACUAUAAAUUGGAUUUAUCGGAAACUAUGAAAGCUGCUCUGUCCAAGGGUGUCGUUCCGGGCUCGGGUACGGGAGGUGGGGGUAUGCCUGCUCCUAGUGGUCACAGUGGUUCCGAUCAUGGUUCUGGAAAUCCUAGUAUUUCUGGCUCGGGCUAUGUAACGGAAAAGUUAUAUAUGCUGCUCCAAUUGUACUUGCAGAACAAAGGAUGGAAUCCCAGUGCAGAACUUUUGCAAUGUUUCUCUGACCUCAAGGACAAUGCCUUGCUACCUAGUGCAGGAUAUUUGCAGGUAUUAGCCAAUCGCAUGACACUUGAUUCCCAGGGCCGUUUGGUGCUGAGGGAAAAUGGCAAGAUAAUCCUGCCCUUUGAGCACUUUGCAAAUGCUGUUAUGUUGAAGCAUAUGUCUGGACCACAUGGUCUACACUUGAGUGUGGAUGCAACUGUGCGAGCUGUCUUGGAGUCCUACACUAUAGGCCGCGAAAACUUUGGCAUGGAAAAAGAAUUUAUUAUUGAAGUGGUUCAAUCAUGUCCCAGUCCGGCUUGUCGUUACUACAAAAACCAUGUAGGCAUUUCACCGCUACCCUUUAUGGAACAACAAUUUCCGGGAAUUAGUCCUGAAUUUUUACACCAUUUACCACCGCCACCACCACCACAUGGCCAUGUGCCUGGAGCUGGUGGUGGAGGAGGCACAGUAAGCGGUCCAAGUUCAGCGGGCAGUAACAGUUCUGCCACAAGUAGUUCUGCCGGUGGAGGAGGUGGGGGUGAAGUUGAUUUAUCAUCAAAAUCUUCACAUUCUGCACAUUCAAAGGUGCCACCGCAAUUACAAUUGACCAAGCAGCAACAAUCACAAUUGUCCCAGAUUAGUGCCGCUGCCGUUGCAGCUGCAGCAGCAAAACAGCAACAACAUCAGGCCAUUCUGCAGCAGCAACAACAACAGCAACAAUUAACAGCUGCUCUCUUACAACAACAACAAAAUCGUGCAUUGGCCCAGCAAAGUUUUGAAAAGUUUAAUAAUCUAUCCGCCCUAGAAAAGCAACGUGUUCUAUCGCAACUUGACCCUAAACAUUUCGAUCCCACCACAAUGGCAGCUGUUGCUGCAAAUUUGCAAAUGCAGGGUCUGAUGCAAUCACAAGCAGCAGCCGCUGCAGCUGGCCAACAGCAGCAUGUAACACAAACAUCCCAAUCAUCGUCUUCUGGAGCAAAUGCCAUGGGCAAUCCAAAUCAAGGAGUUCCUAUAUCAAGUCACCACAGCGUUCAUCAUCAAUUACCACCGCCACCGCAAUCUCCUACAAUGUUACAUAGCAGCCGUCAUGAUAUGCCAACGGCAUCCUCAGCCACAUCGUCCACAUCAUCUGUUGCAACAUCCUCAUCUUCAACAGCUCAUAUGGUUGAAACCAUGGUGCAGAAAAGUGUGGAAACUUUACGCUCAAAUCUAGAAACUUUGGAAUCAAACAAGGAUCUACUUGCCUUGCAUAAUGGUGCAUGGUCCUCCAGCAAUCAGGAACUAAGUAUGCGGGAUAAUUUGCCAGUGGGACAAGAUAAAAUAGUGCGUGUCUUUGCCGAGUUAAUGCGUAACAUGGCACGAAUGAAGACCUAUAUAAGACCAUCCAUGUGUAAGCCAUAUGGCAAACAAAGUGAAUCAUUGCAAAAAACUCUUAUGGAUACCAUACAAAUUGUGCAAACAUUGCGUAAUUAUUUACCACCACCUCAUAUACAGGUUUCAUCUUGGAAAAGUGAAAGUGAGGGCACAUCAAAUUUAACUGGUGUGGGAGUUGUUGGCGGUCCCGGGGGUAUGGUUGGUGUUGGAAAUCCAACAGGUGCUAAUACCAUGUCAGGAGUAAAUGUUGGCAUGGGCGUAGGUGUUGGUGUCGGUGGUAAUGGUGCAUCAUCCCUAAUGGGUAGCUUAUCCACAAAUCGUAUCGAAAAUUUAAGCAAUUAAUUUGAUUCGCGGCAAUACUUUCAAACACAUACACAAAAACACACGAAAUAACACGCCAGGUAAGUUUUAUAUUAUAUUUAAUUUAAAAAAAAAAUCGGAAAGCAACGAUGUCAUGGAAAUGGUGCAAGAAAAAUCUGAAAGUACAUUCCCUUAAAAAUACUUGAGGAUAUGGGAUACUGAUAGAGUGGCAAGUAGUAAAAAAUACUUUUUUUUAUUUUUAAUCCACAUACAAGUACUAUAUCUUAAUAAUCAUGAAAAAAUUUCAAUAUGAGUAGAUCAUAUUAUUUUAUGCCAAUAAUAAAUAAAUGCAUACAUAUAUCUUGAAAGUCACAUCAAAACUUCGAAUGUAGGUUUUUAAAACCAUUAAAAACUAAAUAAUUGUGCAAUUUUAUAUACAUACAUACAUGCAUAUAUAAUUUUUCUUGGUCUUAAGUAAACAAAAAAAAACAAAUAUCGAAAAAAUUAGAUUUUUAAGAAACGACUAAGAGAA